GUACUGUAUUAUGUGUUAUGGUGACCUUGUACCUCUUUGCAGGAACAGAACAGGGAGGUGGAGGGAGACGCAGCGCUGUAAUAAUGGAAAAUGAAGGCUCGGAGUGCGGGUUGACAGCUGGCAUGGCGGGCGGCUGCUAUGGUGAAGGGGAGGCCCAGCAUAUGUUGCCCCUGCAGAGGACCCUCCCGGCCACCACCACGGGGAGUGUUGGUGAGGGCGGCGGCUCCCUCCACAGGGCAGGAGGGGCAGGUGCCUCUCCAUGUUCCAAGCAUGACACAGAGCAUCGUGUGGGUGAGCCUGUCCCGAUGCCUGACCCUCGGAGCUCCCUCAAGGCAGAGGCUGGGGCCCACACAUUCCUUUUCGCACUCUGUCCAUCCUUGUCUGGGUCCUCUCAUCCCCCAGCCUUCCCGCCAAGGUAUUCUAAUGCUCAUUCCUGGGCCGGGACUGACGGCUGAGUUCUCCCACCACUGUGCUCCAUGACUCUCCAUCCUGGACUGUAGCAGUGCCUGUUGGAGGGUUGAACUCCUGACUCGGCUACACCAAGCACCUGGACUGUAGCAGUGCCUGUUGGAG